AUUGAGCUGUUGUAACUGCUUGGGUGCUACAGAUGUUUAGAGCGUUAAACUGAGUUUGAGCAUUUAUGUGGAAAGAGAACUAUGAAUUGUUGUUGGAUAUGAUGCUGAACUGACAUUAAACAUGGAUUGGACCUUGUGGAUUUGUUUUCUAGUCUGCUGUACCCCAGGAUUGAUAGCAGGUGAGCAGAAGAAAUUAAAUCUGACGUUCGACAUAUGGGAGGGAAAUGUAACUGUGCUGUGGGAUCCCCCCAAUGAAGCCCCCGUACCUGCCUUUUAUCAAGUAAAACUAGCACUAGACACUGGUCCUCAUGCUAAAUGGAACAUUGUGGAAGAAUGUGACAUGAUUACAGAAACUAAAUGUAAUCUUGGAAACUUUAUAUUCAAACCUACAAUGAAAGUAAAAAUUGAACUGAUAAGUGGAAAUAACGAAUCUUCCUGGUUGGUGAUAAGAAGAAUUCGUUUAGAUUAUAUUAAGCUGUUGUCUCCAGACUUUGACCUGUUCUCAGGGCCAAAUACGGUGAAGGUUAAGAUUCACAGAAAGCCAUUUCUCAAAGAGCUUUUUCCAUAUGGACUAAGUUACUCUGCCAUUCUGUAUCCAAGAGGACAGGAGAGUAAGGCUAAAACAUUGAGUGAUGAUGAUGAUGAAGAUGGUGAAGUGGAGUUUACUGAUUUAUCAUAUUGGCAAGCGUAUUGUGUUCGUGUGAGAUUGGCGAUCACAUCUAUUGCAGUGAGCAACACCUCAUUGCCACGCUGCAUACAUCCACCAACAGAUUUGUCAGUGGUGAUCUCCAUCGGAGUAAUUGGUGUAGUCGGAGUCAUAACCUUAUUCAUGUUAUUUGUCUGUUUCUUCCUGAGGCGUCCUGGUAAAAUGCCCGCUGUUCUGAAAUUGGCUGUGAAUGGCUGGCUCCCAAUGAAUGUAGGACAAACCGAGGUGGAAUCGGUCACUCAGAAGGGAUGGCUACUGAACAGCAACAAAAUCGCAGAAAAGACCAAAGCAUUCGAUGAAAUAGAGGAGCUUUCUGAGGAUGAAAAAGAGAGAAGGGAAAGCACUGACAGCGGCGUGAGCAUCGGCCAGCAGGACUCGAUCAAAAACAGACCCCAAAGAGAGGAGGACAGCGGCUGUGGAAGUCUCACAGGAACCGAGGACAGCCUUAGCAGUGGAAGAAGAAGCCUUGAGGAGCUUCCUUUCCUGGAUGGAGGAGGAAACAGCAGUAGUGUUGAAGGAACAAGAGAGGACAGUGGAUUGGGAAUUCAAACCCAAGAUAUUUCUGACAAACCCAAGCCUAUGCAUGAUGAUCUCUUAUCUGAGAUUGUAGUAAUUGGGGAUGGGUAUCGUAGUCAGAGUCCUUCAGCUGAGGCUGAAACCGAAACAACCAUUCAAUGUGAUGAAGACGCUAAUAUGGUUAGUCGCACCAAUGGCUAUCGAUCUGGUCAAGUCACAUGCUUGUGUUCUGACUCCGAAACUUGCAUGUGGUGCAAAACCAGGAAGCACCUUACAGACUGUGAUUCAUUUUCUCACAAACAAACUGUUAAUGACAAUGAUAGAUCAAGCUAUUUGAAAAAAUCUCCUUUAGAGACUGUGAAUAUGUUUGGACUGGAUGAUCUAUCCUGCCAUUCAGACAAAACAGAGGAGUCGUCACUUUUCAUUACAUGUCCACUACUUUUAAAAGAGCCUUACAAGCUGGACACUUUGCCUCUUACAUUAGGAGACGUAGAGCUGACAUUUACGUGAGGCUUUUUCAGGUUGAACUAGGCUAUUAUUAUGCAUUUGUGCUAACAGAUAUUUAUUUAGAAUGGUGGCAGAGACGUGCUAUAUUUGCUAGGCCCUCAAAUGAAGAACCAGCUUUUGUCACUUCCUUCAUGCGUCAGGCCAGCGUUUUUGGUUAAAUGCUGAGAAAAGACGAGAUAUGAAGAGUGUGAAAUCAUCAGGAUAUGAUGACGCUCGUAGUAAUUCUGGUUGACAGAUUGCAAUCCAAUUCUGAAUUGUGUUACAGACUUGUAUUGAUCAUUUGCAAACUUGCACAUGUAUUGUAGAUUUUGACUGUACAUGUUAUAUAUGUACUGACAUUUUUUUAUAUGCUAAAUUUCAUUGCUGAAUGUAAUGAAAUGUGAUAUUAAUAUGAAUAAUAAUGGCAUCGAAGUCAAUAUGCUGUGUUUUUGUCAAUUAUUUGAUAUAAUCAAAUCAACUAUAAUUAUAAUUUAUACCAACAGAAUUUGUGGGUUAUUUAAUUAUUUUUUUAAAUCUUUAAAUGUUUAGGGGUAGAACAAAACUCAAAAUUUACAGUUAGGAGUGUACUAUAUUAUUUUGAUUAGUGCAUAAAAGGUGGUGCGGAACAAUUGAAAACUUAAAUAUCAAUUUGUUUACUUGCAUUACAUCCAUUACUCAAAGGACAUUACAUAUAUUGCAUUAAUUACUCACCUAUUUUACCCAAGAUGUAAGAAAAGACUUUUGUCUGAACAAUGUAUCUGUAAAGUUUCAGCUCAAAAUACCAAUCAGUUUAUUCAUCAUAUAAUGUAGAAUCUGCCCAUUUUAGUGGCUGAGGACAAUGUAGCUGUUUUUGUAGCCUGUGGCUACAAAUCCAAAUGAGCUCCCUCUCCCCGCUCACCACUCUGAUGUGCACGUCUGCUUCUCGUGUGUUACGUCAGAUAAACAGCAGUCAGUGAUAGAGACAGACACAGAUGACGCUGAAAUGUCACUAGUCAAAAAUAGUUAGAAAGUUUAUUUGAUGUAUAUGUGGUGGACUAUUCAAGCCUUUCUGAAAUGACACACACAAAUGCAGUUUGCAGUACACACACACUUACACACAUAUGUAAGUUUACUGGGACCAUGUGGCUGUGGUGAUUGUAGCGGUUAAGAAUUACAUAGCUAUUGUACUCUCUUUAUGAAUAGGGUCUGUCUGUGGACUGCAACACAUGAAGUAGUAGUGUAGUAGCAUGAAGGGGCUUAACUUGAAGUUAAGGAGACUCACAUGUCAAAACUCUGUUGUCAGCAAGAUGGUGCUAGACAUCAUUAACAUCCACACCCACUCCACACCUAAAUCCAACCGUCACAGUUAAAAUCUAUACCUCCCACCCCCAACCAUGAUAGUUAAUUAACAUCUACACCUCCCCUAAACCUAAACCCAGCCAUCAUCAUUAUAAAUGAUCACAACUUCUCCAAACCUAAACCUAGCCAUCACAGUUAUUGUCUACAUCUUCCCCAAACCUAAACCUAACUAUCCCAGUUAUUAACGUACCACCGCGAGUUGCGGAGGCUUUUAUACUUGACCUGCUCACCAUUGUACUGUUAUUUGCAACCACAGGGGUCUUGACAAACUGAUGAAGAAGUCAGCAAGUUGCAUGGUGGAAUUGCUAGAUGACUGAAUAUUAUACUAUUUCAAAUGAUUAGGUUAUGGAUAAAUUUGGAGAAAACUCAUGAAAACAUUUGGUGAAAUUGUUCUCUGUUAAGUAGUUCUGCCAUCUUGCCAACAACACCUCAUCGUGACAUCUCGCAUGGUUCAGUGGGAUCUCGAUAACUGCAAGUUAUGUCUCUCUAACUUAUUGAAAGUUAUGCCCCUUCAUCUUAAGCCCCCCUCUUGCAGUCGGCAGAGAGAUACAAUUGCUGUUUAUUACAAACUAUUUAUUUUAAACCUAUAAAAUAAAUUAUUGGGGUGCAGA